CAGGAGGCUUUUCUUGGGAGGUGGAGAGGCUUGCCCAGAGGAGGAGAGAGCCUUGUCUACCUGCCGGACACCGGGUACUCCACCGCAAACACCCCCAAAGAGCUUCCAGGGGCAGAGAUGGCUCGCGGACCACACGGCCGGCUGGCCUGGUACUUGGAGGAGUUGAGUGACGCAGAGCUGCAGGAGUUCUGCCAUCAGCUGCCCCAGGAGGCCUUAGGGGAAGGCUUUUCUGAGGCCUCCUCUGCUCAGCCGGGGAAGAUCGGGAGCAGAGAGGUGGCUGCGCACCUGGCGACUCAAUGUGGGGAGCAGCGGGCCUGGGACCUGGCCCUCCGCACCUGGCAGAAGAUGGGUCUGAGCAGUCUGUACUUCCGAGCCCAGGCAGACAUGGCUUUGAUGUCAGACCCUUCUGCUGUCUUUGGCUUUGCAAGUUCCCCCAGGCUGGGGUCCCCCAACGGGCCCACCUCCACCGAGGUGCUGAGGUUCUGGGACCCUGAUCUUGUGACACCCCUCCCGGUAAAGAGAAGAGAGAGCGUGACCCUGGCUGAUUCAUAUGAACACAGAGGUGACAGACAGCAGGUGGGCCCACACCCAGAAAACCCUCCCUCGAUGCUCUUCAUGUGGUCCCCAGCCCACAACUCUCCAAGACAAGCGUCGCCUACUGCCCCCACAUCCACAGCAGUGCUGGGAGCCUGUGGGUCCCCACCUCAGUUCAGCACAGAAGCGGGACAACAGAGGGUUGCUGAGACUGAGCGGCCAUGGGGUGAAUUUUCUGGAAGCUGCUGCACAGGAAACCGAGAAAGCGAUCAGAGCCACAGGGCAGAGAGGCCUCGAGGCCAGAAUACUCAGUCCUGGAAAGAUGAAGAUUCACACCAAAAAUUCACGCAGCUGCUGCUCCUACACACCCCUCACCCCAGAGGCCGUGAGUCCUGGGGGAAGGCAAGCUGGCAUGAUGGGGUGCUGCAAGAACAGGGGCGGUUGAUUGAAGUCCAAGACUUAUUUGGCCCAGACCUGGAUACCCAGGACGCACCUCACACGGUCAUCCUACAGGGGGCUGCUGGAACUGGGAAGUCGACCCUGGCCAGGCAGGUCAGGAGAGCCUGGGAGCAAGGCCAGCUCUUUAAGGAUCGCUUCCGGUAUGUCUUUUACCUCAACUGCAGAGAGCUGGCCCAAUCCAGGACGGUGAGUCUCCCUGAGCUCCUCACCCAGGACUGGGCUGCCCCUCCGGCUCCCGCUGGACAGAUCCUGUCUCGGCCCGAGCAGCUGCUCUUUAUCCUGGAUGGGUUGGAUGAGCCCAAGUGGGUCUUUGGGGAGCAGACAUCUGAGCUGUGUCUGCACUGGAGCCAGCAGCAGCCUGUGCCCACGCUGUUGGGCAGUUUGCUGUCGAAAGCCAUCCUGCCUGGGGUGUCCUUGCUGAUCACCGCUCGGACCAAAGCACUAGGGGAACUCAUUCCUUCUUCAGAGCACCCACGUUGGGUGGAGGUGCUGGGAUUCUCCCGGGCUGGCAGGAAAGACUAUUUCUACAACUAUUUCCCAGACGAAAGCCAAGCAGCUCAGGCCUUCAGCCUGGUGGAAUCCAACAGUGCCCUCUUGGCCAUGUGUCAGGUGCCCUGGGUCUCCUGGCUUUUGUGCUCCUGCCUGCAGCUGCAGAUGGAGCAGGGGAAAGAACUUUCGUUGACCUGCCAGACGACCACAACGCUCUCCCUGCACUACCUGUCCCUGGCUCUCCCGGCUCAGGCCCUGGGGACCCAGCUGAGAGCCUUGUGCUCUCUGGCUGCUGAGGGCACCUGGCAAGGAAAGACCCUGUUUCGUUCAGGGGACCUCCGGAGACACGGGUUGGACGGGUCUUCCAUCCCCGUCUUCUUAAAGACCCGUCUUCUUCGACGACACCGCACCUUUCUGAGCUACAGCUUCAGUCACCUGUGUUUCCAAGAGUUCUUGGCCGCAAUUGCAUGCGCCCUUGAGGAGAAGGAGGAGGGAAGCCAGGGCACCGAGAGUGCCCGAGGUGUGAAGACGUUACCAGACGUGUAUGGGAGGCAUGCUCUGUUUGGGGCGCCGACCACCCGUUUCCUCUUCGGCCUGUUCAGUGAGCGUGGGGCCAGAGAGGUAGAGGACAUGGUCCACAGCCAACUGGCUCAGGGGGCCAAGGGGGAGUUGCUGCGGUGGGUGGAAGUGCAAGUCCAGCACCAGGAUGCCCCGGUUCCGACGUGCUCCCUGGAGGUGCUCGGCUGCUUGUAUGAGAUCCAGGACGAGGCGUUUCUGACGCGAGCCCUGGCCCAUGUCCAAGGAGCCGGGCUGUGUGCGCACACGGACCCAGAGCUGCUGGUGUUCGCGUUCUGCCUCGGCUUCUGCUGCAACGUGAGGAGCCUUCGAGUGAGCGAGGACAGUCAGCAUGGACAGGCGCUGCGGUGGCUGCCGGUCACGGAGGCCUGCUGGCAGGAUCUCUUCUGCAUGCUGGGGGUCACCAGGAGUCUGCAGGAGCUGGACCUAAGUGGAACCCCCCUGAGCCCCUCAGCAGUGCAGAGCCUUUGUGAGGCCCUGCGACAGCCUCGCUGCCACCUGGAGACCCUGCGGCUGGUCAGCUGUGGUCUCACGUCCAGCUGCUGCCAGGACCUGGCCUCUGUGCUCAGUGCCAGCCCCAGCCUGAUGGAGCUGGACCUGCAGCAGAAUGACCUGGGAAGACUGGGGGUGAACCUGCUGUGCGAGGGACUGCGGCACUCAAGCUGCCAACUCAAGCUCCUAUGGCUGGACCAGGCCCAUUUCAACGAUGAGGUGGGUGAGAGGCUGAAGGCCCUGGAGGAGGAGAAGCCUGAACUGCUUGUCACCUGGAAGCAAAGUGUGACGGCCCCUAAUGAAGACCCAGAUGGGGGAGAGAUGAGCAACACCACACCCUCGCUCAAGCGGCAGAGAUCAGAACCAGAAGCAAGCUCCUCACGAGCAGCUGAAGGGAAGCCCUUCUGUCAGCCUUCUCCCGCCCCCUGGAGGGAGCUACACACGGAGCUUCUGGGGACGGAUGAUGACUUCUGGGGACCCACAGGGCCAGUGGCUACCGAGGUAAUUGACAAAGAGAAGAGCCUAUACCGGGUUCACCUCCCCACAGCCGGCUCCUACCACUGGCCCAGCACCGGUCUCCACUUGGUCGUGAAAGAGGCAGUGACGGUGGGGAUUGGGUUUUGUUCCUGGGGCCAGUACCUAGAUGGGAUUGCCUCACGGCACAACUGGAAGGUGGCAGGACCUCUGUUGGACAUCAAGGCUGAGCCAGGAGCGGUGGCAGCUGUGUACCUCCCCCACUUUGUGGCCUUCCAAAGUAAACAAGCAGGCUCUGGUCUGAUCUUCUUUGAAGCCUCUGUCCCCCAGCCUCACGAUGCUUUUCAUCUGAAGUCCUUUGCCAUAGACGAUGAAGAAAAGAAGUUCCAGUUUGUGCAACUACACAAGCCACCGCCACUGACCCCGCUCUACAUAGGCUCCCGCUACACUGUGUGCAGCUCAAAGAAUCUGGAAAUUAAUCCUGAGAAGGCUAGCCUGGAUAUUAAUGGGAGAGAAUGUGAGGGUGCCUUUCUGAUAUCAAACAGCCUUGAAUGGGCCUUACCUCCAAUCCCAGACAUCACAGACCCCCUGCAUUUUGUGGAUCGGUAUCGGGAGCAGCUGAUAGCCCGGGUGACAUCAGUGGACCCUGUCCUAGACAAGCUGCACGGACAUAUGCUGAGCGAGGAGCAGUACGAGAGUGUGCGCGCUGAGGCCACCAAGCAAGACCAGAUGCGGAAGCUGUUCAGCUUCAGCCGAUCUUGGAACUCGGCCUGCAAAGAUCGACUCUACCAAGCCCUGAAGAAGAUCCAUCCUUACCUGAUAGUGGAUCUGUGGGAGGAGUGGGGCACCAGAGUGCAUCAAGGGGCUCCUGACAACCUUGGCGUCUGA